AUGGUCAAAACUGAUAUAGAAUGGCCCGCUGGGGAGGAGAAGUCCAGCAUAGCACGGGCUGUGGUCCGAAGUACCUGUGGCUUUACCUUGGGGUUGUCCUUGGCCACAGCCUAUGGGCUCUUGCAGCUUCUAGCAGAAGGACACAGCCCCUUUGGCUGCCUGGUGACCACUGUGACUUUGGCUGCCUUCCUUGGCUUGGGCAUGGGGUUCUCUCGCCAGGUCCGGGUCUCUGUCUUCCUGAUGCUUCCUCAGGUCUUCUCCAAGCAGAGCCGUUUGCUGCUGUUGGUGGCUGCCUUUGGGCUGGUGCUCCAAGGGCCUUGUGCCAACACCCUGCGCAACUUCACCCGGGCAAGCGAAGCUGUGGCCUGUGGGGCAGAGCUGGCACUGAACCAGACAGCUGAAGUGCUACAGCGGGCCAAGCAGCCCCUCAUCAGUGCUCUGACCAAGAUUAAAGCUAUUGCCCAGAAGGCCAAAGUGGUGGCUGACCGGGUACGCAAGUUCUUCCGGUCUGUCAUAGAUGGCGUGAAACAUAUAGCCAGGUGCCUGCAGAACAUGUGGUAUUGGCUCCUUCAUAUUGGCGAUGUGUGCAACUCAGAGCUGGGCAACCCUUACAUAAAAUGUGCUCGGGUGUUUGAUGAUGCCAAGGACAACUGUAUGAAGGUCGUGCCGCGAUUCCAUCAGCUGUGUUAUGUGCUCUUGCCAUUCAAACUGGUGUUCUGUGGACUUGCCAACUUGGUCCAGUUGUUCUGUGUCAUCCCCAUGUACCUCCAACAGUUUCUGCGAAAGACCAUCAAGACCCCCGUGAUGAAACUGCUUGAUCGGGUACGUCGUGAGUUUGAGUUCAACAUGACAGCCACCCACUACUUCUCUGUGGACCUCAAUGCCUCUCGGAGCCUGUCCCAGGUGGCUUUGGAUCUUCAGGAGGCUGUCAGCAUGAAGUUGUACACUGCUAGGGAGGUCCUGUCUAUGAUGGGAUACACCAUGCCUCUGCUCUUUGGACUUCUCUACAUCCAAGCCCUCUAUUAUCGGUAUGGUUACCUGCACUGGGACAAUUUUGACAACGCCUAUAUCACCAGGCGCUUUCUGGACAUGGAGGCAGUGCGCUCCUUGGCAGGGCUGCGUACGGUGCUGCCACUCAGUUCUCACGAGGCCAGGCACUACGUGCAGCCAGGCUCCUUCUCCCUGACCCGAUGGGAACAGAUUUUAUAUAUUGUGGAGACCUUUAACCUCGCCCGCCAUCUCCUCCUUGUGCUCCUUCUGGUCUUUCUGGACUAUGGCGUCUUCUGGAUACUUGAUCUGGCCCGGUACUACCUCCAGGGCGAGAUUGUAGCCCGCAGCCCUGUGUUAGUGUCUAUAAAGGUGGAAGGGACCGGUUAUUCGGGGAAUAUUUACCGUGACCUGGUGUCAGCUUUUGAUGUUCUACAACAAGGCAACGUCAGUAUAUUGUCCCGGCGCUGCGCGCUUCAUCCCUCAGAACCAGAUGCUAAGGGUUACAUCGUUAUCGGUACCAUGUAUGGUCUGUGCUUCUUCGUCACUCUGUUUGGCAGUUAUGUCAGCAGGCUGCGGCGUGUCAUCUGUGCCUCCUAUUACCCCUCCAGGGAGCAGGAAAGGAUCGCCCACCUCUAUAACAUGCUUCUGAGUCGUCGAACCAACCUACCCGCUGCAGUGCAGCGAGCAGUGAUGCGACGGGCAGCUGACCAGGGUCACAUGAGUAUCCUCCAGGUGCUAGCCACCCGGUACCCUUCCCUAAGUCCAUUGCUUGGCCGGUUUUUGUUGCAUCAGACUUAUUGCCUGGGUUGUGGGCAGCCAGAAGAAAAGGGGGGCAUGGAGAACUUUGUGUCCUGCAGUACCCCAGGCUGCAGAGGUCUCUACUGCCCUACCUGUUUUCGUCUCCUGGACAACACCUGUUCUGUAUGUGCGUCUCCCCUCUCCAACCAGGGGCGCCUAGACCUGGAGCUAGACUCCAGUGAUGAGGAGGGUCCUCAGCUAUGGCUGGCUGCAGCUCGAAGAAGGGCCCCCGAGCAGGAGCUGAAACUUCGACAGCAGCUUCAGGAAGCACUGGGCACAAACCUUUCAGACGAGCCUAGCUCCCAGUCCGAGACAACAGGAAGCAGGUGGGAACAGUACCUGUUCUGUCACAUCUACAUAGGCUGCCUCGAUUCCAGGACAGGGAUGGGAGGCAGAGGAGACUGA